AUGGAGGACUCAAACGAUUCCAAGUCAUGGCUCCCCAAAAUGUUCCGCUCCAAAAACUCGACACCAUCAAUUACCCCUCCAAACGAGCAUUCAUCCCUCCUACCCAAACCUAAUGAUCCCCAAUAUAUACCCUCUGAAGGCGAAACCUACGAAGUCGAAGACGAUACCUCGCCCACAAAACAAUGGCUCUCCGAAUUCCUCCUCUUACUCCGAGGCUCACUUCCCGUUGUCCUCGCAUAUACAUUACAAAACUCCCUACAAACCAUAUCCGUCUUGAUCGUCGGGAGAUUAAGUCCUGAAGCAUUGGCUACCGCAGCGUUCAGCUACAUGUUUGCCAUGUCAACGGCGUGGCUCAUUGCCCUGGGAGGAUCAACCGCUCUCGAUACAUUGGCGUCUUCAACCUUCACGGGCAGCAAGAACCCACACGAUCUGGGGGUCUUACUCCAGCGCGCGUUCAUCGUGUUGACAGCUUUCUAUGUCCCCGUAGCAAUAUUAUGGGCUUGCUCAGCACCGGUGUUCAGACUCCUGGGACAAGAAGAAUACAUCUGUGUUGACAGCGCCAAGUUCCUGACUGCAUUGAUACCAGGUGGGCUGGGAUAUGUCUACUUCGAAACCAUGAAGAAAUACCUGCAAGCACAAGAGAUCAUGCGCCCAGGAACAUACGUCCUCCUCAUAACGUCACCCCUAAACGCUGGCCUGAACUACCUCUUCGUCUACACCUUCUCCUGGGGUCUGAUCGGUGCCCCGCUCGCUACUGGACUCUCCUACUGGCUCUCAUUCCUCCUUCUCGUCCUCUGGUCGCGCUUCAUCGCCGGCUCGAGCUGCUGGGGCGGCUGGUCCCGCGCCUGCAUCCAAAACAUGGGUACGUUUGCACGCCUAGCCAUCCUAGGCGUCGUGCACGUCGGCACUGAAUGGUGGGCCUUUGAGAUUGUCGCCCUAGCUGCUGGACGACUGGGCACGAUUCCGCUGGCGGCUCAGAGCGUGAUCAUGACGACGGAUCAGGUGAUGAAUACGAUUCCUUUUGGCAUCGGCGUUGCUGCUUCUGCUCGUGUGGGAAACCUCCUUGGGGCAAGGAACGCGAAGGGUGCUGCAAGAGCUGCGAAUGUGGCGGCUUGGUUGAGUAUGGUGAUGGGUUUGAUUGUGCUUAUAAUUUUGAUGGCUGUGAAGGAUUUCUAUGCAAAGGUCUUCAAUGACGACGUUGACGUUGUUAAGUUGACGGCAGAUGUUAUGCCUUAUGUUGCCCUGUUCCAGAUUGCAGAUGGGUUGAAUGGGUCUUGUGGAGGUAGUCUCCGGGGUAUGGGAAGACAGCAUAUUGGUGCUGCAGUCAAUAUUGUUAGUUAUUAUAUGGGUGCCUUGCCACUAGGGAUCUGGCUGGCGUUCCAUGGAUGGGGUUUGGCCGGUUUGUGGGUUGGACAGUGCAUUGCGUUGUAUCUUGUGGGAGCUAUUGAGUGGAUUAUUGUUGCAUGGAGUGAUUGGGAGUAUCAGGUUCUGAUGGCGUUCAAGAGGAUGGACCACGGAGAGAGGGCUGAGGCUGGAGAAGCUGGAGAAGGGGUUCAGUCAUCUUGA